CAACAGAAAAGCAAGUACCUUAUAGCUUGAAAGACCAGAACUUUGAGCCCCUUUCUCUAGGAGUGGAGUAAAAAGCAAAAGCUUCCUCUCUCUCUCCACUCUCCAGUCCCCCUCUCUCUCUCAAUAAACACCACUUUUGAGAGCUCCUGCCCUGAAAAUGUGUGGAGAGAGAGAAAAGAGAAGAGAAAGCAAGAGACUUUGGGGAGAGGAAGUUGGGUCUACCAUGAAAGGAGAGAGAAGAGAAGGGUCAAAGUUAAAGGAAGGGAAAUGACUAGUCUUGAGGCGACUCUCUAGACGCCCCCUUGGGUGGUCCUUAAACAGCCUUGCUUUUUGCCUUUCUAGGUUGUCAUUAUAGACUUAUAAUCAAGUAACGAAUUGCCA